CAGGAAUACACAGGGAUUCGACCCGGUCAUCUUAUCAUUCAUAUCCAGCAGGAUAUCUCCUGACUGCUUGACUUUUAAAGUGCGCUGCUUUUGGCAAUGUUCAAGAGACAGGUUAGCUCGCACAGGUAAAAGUUUGGGUUGAUUUGCACCUUUCUUGGUACACAUCCUUUCAUUUUGUAUUUGCUGCCGUCCUUGGGGUUCAGGAUCCUCGUGGAAUGCCUGAUGGGGCCUAGAGAAGAGCAGUAAAAUGCUCGAGAAAUUCAUCCCUCUUUGGCGAAGGGGGACCUGGGUACUUUUAUAGCGUGUUCGUGUUAUCGUACGGAUGAAAUGAAGGCGGCCCUUUCUAAGGGGACAUCGACACCAUAGGAGCGCAAAUCUCGAUUUGCAGCAUGGGUCCAACAGUGCGCGCCAAAUCUCCUCAUGGAAGCUAGGAUUCACAAGCACAGCUUCCAUCGGGCCUACGAUGCAGCAUCAGCAUCAAAACCAGAAGUGCGUUUUGUUCGCACAUUUCUCCGUAUCCACCGAGGUUAGAAUGAAGAUGCGGAGGCCGAGUUGCGAUACGCCUACGUCCGGAAUCUCGUUAGUGAGGGACAUGCCGAUGAACAUGAUGGAAAUCUAUAUGUAUAUAUAUAUCUAUGUCUCGAAGGGUACCCAAGCGCUCACUCCAUCAGUAACUCGAAUCAAGUCAUAGACUCGUCAGCGAUCUUCGAUAACGGCGGAUCAGGAGUCGUCGUAGUCGGUCCUUAUGUUCAAUGAGAACCGGGGGCGGAAGAAAAAAGAAGAAAAAAAAAAAUCUUUUUUGGGAGGACGGUCUGGGUGAAAAGAGAACUGCUUCAUGAUUUAUAGUAUCCGAGAGUCUCCCUGCCACACGUGAUCACAUUCCCAACGUUAGUCCCAGUUACGAAUUGAGGGUUGCUGAGUACUCGGGGUGGUUUGGAACAUGCGAUUAAUCCACCACAGCAUUUGUUUCCGUUGACAGAAACGAGCUCCGGGAAAACAACUUCAUCGGACCAUGACUGGAUUCGUGACAAAGCUGGCCGAGCCCAAUCACAGUUCAAUUGUCAUCCCCAGAGAACCUGGAGCUGUCUCCUCGAAUCCAUGCCGUUUGUAAAGGCGUCUUCCAGGCGGGUCAGCAAACAGAGCGACCAAGGCCCCCGGGGGAGCGCGUGAUCGGACACAGUGCACAAGUCUCGUCAUGAUGGCAUCGCCCACUCCUCGCCGUUGAUGUUCUGGGAGAGUUGCAAUGUCUGCAAUGAGAAAAUACCACCCUCCAUCACCGAUAAUCCGGCCCAUUCCCACCACUUCAGCGAUCUGCUCGAGAUGAUCGCCAGCGCCGACGUCAGUGAAGUUAUCGGCACUUUCAUGGCUCUGCGGUUUGGUGUAUGUCACGUAGCACAUGUACCAAGUACCCGCUAGCGCGAUGCGCGCUUGCUCUUCAGUUUUGGGAGAAAGGCCGCUGGUUGCUCGAAGAUGGCAAUAGGCGGCUGCAUCCGGCGUGCCCUCGACGAGGUGGUAGCCUGGAGGGAGGGCUGGGCGAGGUGGUUCCAUGGUCGGAAGAACGAAAACCAGAGAGACAACACGUAUCGAGGCUUCGUCGUGCCGACCGAAAAAAAACUCCUAGGCGUCCCAUCAAAGCCAGAACCAGCUGGCAUCGUGGAAAAGAGCAGCGUUUGAUAUCACACUCCCCCACGUUCUUCGAGUCAGAGGGCCCGCCUAUUGGCCUGGAGCGCGUUGAAUUAAGGUGCGCCAAGCAUCUAGUGCUGACGCUCUACUGGGACCGACAGGGGGGAAUUUGGAAUUGUCAUCAAAUCACCGUUGUGUUGAGCCGCAGCGGGACGCCGUGGUCAGCACAUCGCCUUAACCCCUUUUUUUCAUGCAUAUCAUUCGCUUUUAUCUCCGCUCAAAACGAACGGACAAUGCCCGGAUUGAGUUUGUGGCUUGAUUGGACCACUUUUGAGGCGCAAAACAGAGCGACAGUUUCUUGAGUCUCAGCUGGGCCAGGGUGAGCUUCAUGCUCUCUUCCCUGUGGUUGCAGGGAUUCGGAGACACAGACCACCCUUUUGGGUGCUGAAAAUAGCACAGGAAUGGAAUUCAGUGUGGGGAGAGUCGGGUAGGAGCAGAGGCCUGCUCAUGUACAGAACAAAAUCGCCAACAGCAGAAAUGAGGAGAAGAACUUCUCCAUCAUUCGAACAUGAGGAGAAAUGCCGCUUUUGCAGUGGAGACACUGCAGUGUGGCCGUUGCGUCAAGAAUAUAUUCCACCACUGUUCACAAAUCAA